CGAUGGCCAUGCUUGGAUUUCUAUCGCCCUCAUCGCGUGGAUCUUUCACACAGAUGUCUUUGGCGACAUUCGUGGUAAUGGGGGUGUUUGCCGGAUACUUCUCGGGCCGCCUUUACAAGACACUCAAGGGCAAGGAAUGGAAGAAGAGUGCUGCAUUGACCGCCGGGCUGUUUCCCACCAUCCUGCUGGUCACUGUGCUGACGCUGAACAUGUUAAUCUGGGGUCAGAAGUCGAGCGGGGCGGUGCCUGUGUCGGCCAUGAUUACGAUCAUCAUCAUCUGGGCGUCCGUCUUUCCGCUCGUGUUUCUGGGUUACUUCUUCGGCUACAGGAAAAACGCGUAUGACCAUCCCGUGAGGACCAAUCAAAUACCGCGGCAAGUCCCGGAGCAACAGUGGUACAUGAGCAUCCCAGCAGCAAUGCUGCUGGCCGGUACACUGCCCUUUGGAGCGACGUUCAUUGAGUUCUACUUCAUCUUCUCAGCCAUCUGGCAGAAUCAGAUCUACUAUUUGUUUGGCUUCCUGUUCCUGGUGUUCUUCAUCCUCAUCAUCUGCUGCUCUGAAGUCACCAUCUGCAUGGUCUACUUCCAGCUCUGUGCCGAGGACUACAACUGGUGGUGGCGGGCCAUCUGUGUGUCUGGUUCGUCUUCGCUGUACCUGGCGCUAUACGCCGUGUACUACUUUGUCGUGCGGCUGGAGAUCAGUGAGGUGGUACCUACCAUCAUGUACUUUGGCUACAGUGCACUCAUGGCCUUGUUCUUCUUCCUGAUGACGGCGACUAUCGGCUUCUACGCCACCUAUACCUUCCUCUGCAAGAUCUACGCCCAGGUGCGGGUGGAUUAACACCACACAUGAUUAGUAAAAAUGAAUAUACACUCCUGU